CACAAUCAUUUUUGUGACUCAACCACACUUGAGAUCUUGUGCGAGGCCACCUACAAGCUAUCUCUAUCGCUUCAUAGAUUAUUUGCGAUUAGUCUUUCCAUAUACCGCUUCGGUUCUACACAGUCACUAUGCAGUCUUCAGUGACAUCAUCCGCCACGCUGCUCAGCUUGUUGAGACAGUCAUCAAGCAGGCGUACAGCGCAGACGUGCCGCAUGUUCUCUUCAUACGGAAACUCACACCGAUCCUCUUCAAAGCGUGAGUUGCAGACUGCAACGGCAUACCGUCCACACAGCCUGCCUACCUCCUUCCCGCCACCUCGGAGCUCAGGGUCGUCCGACACUUCUAUCGCUGCCGACUUCCCCUCGUUCCGUGAGAUGACCUCACCUCAGCUCCCUGGACAGCAAGCCUACUCGCCGAACAUCGGUCCUCACGAAGCAGAGGCCCAGAAGCUUAAGCCCGUCGAGACCGCUCCUGCCACUACCGCUAAGCCUGCCGAGAAACCCCGCAGAAAACUUCGCGCCCGUAAAGCCGCGAUGAAAUUGACACCCGUGGCCAUUGAGCAACUUCGUAAACUCCUGUCACAGCCUGAACCCAAGCUGAUUCGUGUCGGCGUGAAGAACCGGGGCUGCUCUGGUCUCGCCUACCACCUGGAGUACGUGGAGAAGCCAGGAACUUUCGAUGAAGUUGUGGAACAAGACGGCGUCAAGGUCUUGAUUGACAGCAAGGCUCUCUUCAGCAUCAUUGGGAGCGAGAUGGAUUGGCAAGAGGAUAAGCUCAGCAGGAAAUUCGUCUUCCGCAACCCCAAUAUUAAGGAACAAUGCGGAUGUGGUGAAUCUUUCAUGGUCUAGAGGAUCUACUCGCGCUUUUGUACGACUUGAUCGCUUACUAUUGGAUGAACUGAGUUUUGCGGACCUAAAUGCAUCGGAUGGCGUUCCUGUGGGC